ACAUGUAUCCGGUUUCCUACGGCGCCGUCGGUCGCGACGCUAGCAUAUGUUCAAACCGGAGCGUGUGAUAGCAAAUCGGCCGGAUGAACUUUCGCCAGUACUAAAGUUGGCCGUAUGGCCGUCGUACGUCACGACUGAGGACGUAGCGUGUAAUUGCUCACCAUAUGGUAUGACAUCAGUCUGAGGCUGCACCUGACAGUGGAAGGUCGCCACCAUGGCAAGCUCUUGCGCCAGAGAUUUCUUGAGUGACUUCAUAGAAAUUUAUCGAAAUGAGCCAUGUUUGUGGUUCAUUAAAUCUAAGGAUUAUUCAAACAGAGAAGUGAGAAAUGCAGCAUAUGGUAAAUUAGUAAAUAAACUUCAAGAAAUUGAUCCUAGUGCUAAUAAAGAUACUGUUGUUAAGAAAAUAAACAACUUGAGGAGCUCAUACAAUAAAGAGCUUAAAAAAGUGCAAGCGUCUAAAAGUUCGGGGAGCGGUUCAGACUCCAUUUAUACGCCAAAACUCUCAUAUUUUCAUCUGAUGCAUUUCAUCAAAGACCAAAAUGUGGAAUAUGAACCAUCUGUUUCAAACAUGAGCCUUAAUACACAGGAAAUCAAUGAAGAGCAAUCUCAAGAAGACGAUCUUACUGAAGAGAGGGAAACCCAACAUGAGGAUGAUUCAUCGCUACUGCCUUCACGGCAUACUACAUCAGUCCUACCGGCACCACCAAAAAGGCGCAGAUCGGUACAAGGCAAAGCUGAUCCUGUUUUGGACCUUGUAGCAAAAAGGAUGGAAGCACCUCCAAAUUCGGAAUAUGAUGUGUUUGGUAUGUAUGAGGCUAAAAGGUUACAAAGCUUGCAUUUAGCAAACCCGGGGAUGUAUCCGGUUGUUAAAAAGCUAAUAAAUGACGCUAUCUUCGAGGGUGAAAUGGGCACAUUGACGCCCUAUUCACGAAUUGCCCAAAACCAAGCUCCAUCUCUAUCUAGCACUCCUGUACCUACUCCAAGCCCAAGUCAUUACCAAGCUCCAUCUCUAUCUAGCACUCCUGUACCUACUCCAAGCCCAAGUCAUUACCAAGCUCCAUCUCUGUCUAGCACUCCUGUACCUACUCCAAGCCCAAGUCAUUACCAAGCUCCAUCUCUGUCUAGCACUCCUGUACCUACUCCAAGCCCAAGUGCGGAUUACAAUUAUGAGACAUAUGAUAUUCUCCAAAUGUAA